GACCUACGGAGCAGUUUGGUUGAUACUUAACUUAAACAUAGCAAAAUGAAGUUCCAUCAUGCUGCUGCUUUUCUCUUCUUGGCAUCCUUCUGCCAUUGUGCUGUGUCCUGUCCUGCUUUGUGCAAAUGCUACAGCGAAAGAAUGGAGGUUGUAUGCAGUGAGGUUCCCUUGAUAGAGUUCCCAACAGAGGGCCUUCCGGAGAACACCACCAUGCUGACUGUUCAGCUCACAAACAUCACCUCCCUCUCUGAACACCACCUUAAAGCAACACCACAUCUGCAAGAGCUCCAUCUGUACGGAAAUAAACUACAGAGCCUUUCUUCUCAUCUGCUCAGAGGCGUUCCUCAGCUGCACACAUUGGAUCUGACAGAAAACAAGCUCAGUGAUCUUCCUGUAGAUGUCUUCAGCGAUGCACCGCUUAAAAACUUGGUGUUAAAGAACAAUCAAAUUAAGCGAGUCGAUGAAAAAUGGCUUCCUGAAAAUAGCAGCUUAACCUGGUUGGACUUGUCUGGAAACAGUCUAACAGAGAUAUCAGUUGGUUUCUUUCAGAGGCUCCCUCACCUCGAGAAUCUUGACUUGUCAAACAAUCAACUGGAAAAGAUACCGGCAAACUCUUUGGAAAAUCUGAGCAAUCUCAAGAGGCUGAGCCUUCAAAACAACAAGCUUGAGACUUUAGACGCAUCUGUGUUUCAGCACACAAAAAAUCUCACUUCUUUGUUUCUCACUCAAAACAAGCUGAACUGGCUCCCACAGAACCUUUUUCAGGGACUUACCAGCCUCACACAUCUCAGUCUGGAUUUCAACCAGCUGAGCCACAUCCCUAUAGGUUGGUUUGAUCCGCUGAGCUCCCUCGAGGAGAGUGGACUGGAUCUGUCUCUAAAUCCCCUGCGUUGUAACAGCCGUAUUGAAUACCUGUGGAGAUGGCUUCAGAAGAACAAGAAGAAGGUGUUGUCGGUAGACAACAUCAUCUGUAUGUUGCCUCAGUCUCUCACAGGGCGCCCAGUCAUUUCCCUGACAGAAAAUGAUCUUAACAUAGGGUCUUAA